GACAUGGAACCAGCGGCACUAGGGCCAGGAGGAGAGGGGAAACAUUUCGCCUCAGUUAUUGAGCUUGAGCGACCUCAGUUUUGUACUCAGGCAAUUCAACGGAGGACAAGGAUGCAGUGUCAUUUAUUGAAAUAAGGACUCUUAAAAAAGGCAAGCGUGUAGAGUUUGUAUAGGUUAUUUCGUCGACCUGUCACGCACUGUUAAGCACAGACGACCUCGGAGAGUUGAGAGUAAACAUGGAGACACGGAUACCCGGUGAACUUCGAGAAGAGGAAACUCUGAUUUGGAUUUAAACAAACCUUCAAGUUAGUUAAGUAUACUCCUCAGACUUAUUAGCUCUGAAACAGUUUUUUUCACAGAGAGGCGUGCGUAAAAGCUGUGGCGCAUGGGUCAAAAAGUGGUGCUCAUGAAUGCUUAUUAUAUUAAAUCGGUUGUAUGAGGAUGUUUCCAACCAUUACAAGCUACAAAAACCCCAAUUCGGAAUAGAGGUUCUUGCAUUACUAACAUUCUUCUUUAUGACACUAUAUCCCCUAGUUGCCAUUUGCGCAAGUACACAGGCCAAUUGGUUUGUACAGACGCAAUGGGAAAGCAGGGGUCGGUAAACACUGUUUGUUUUCUUUGACUUUAACAACAACGCAAGGCGUGGGCAGGGUUGGUUGGACAUUUAUUCAUGACGUGAGAGACACAAAAAGACGAGGUUGGGGGUUUUCAGGACAAAGGGAUGUUCUUGGAAACAGGUUGCGCGCAGGGAAUUCCACAGGUGUCACACAGGGGUGUCCACGAAUUGCGCAGAUGAUAAGGUUGCAUACAUCUCAGCCAUGGUGCCUAACUGGAGAUUGAUUCUGGCCCAUCCUUGCUGUAUUAGCCUGCUUUUCUUACUACUUCUGCCCAGCUCGGUUUCAGUGAGAGAACCUCGCCACCAGCCCCAUGCACACCUCCCCUCACUGAUACCUCAUGCCACUCUUCCACUAUCCCGUUCCCGCUUUAGUGCCAAAGCUCAGCUGGACCUCACCACUCACUGCAAUGAAAGCUGCUACCACAAAGGAGAAGACACAGAUAAAUUACACUUAACUGAGCAGCUAGCUUAUGAAACUCUUUAUGCAGAUGGCUACCGUACUUUAACCACUGUUGAUUUUGAUGAAAAUGACAAUGCUGUUGAUGCUGAACCUCAUUUCAGGUGGCCCAAAGUAGCACCCUCCAGACAUAAGCGUCUCAAACGGCAGAUUUAUGGUACUGAUGGCCGCUUUAAUAUUCGUGGUGACCAGUUCUUGCUGGACUACCCAUUCUCAACAGCUGUUCGUAUUUCCACUGGUUGCACUGGAGUUCUGGUGUCUCAGCAACAUGUUCUGACUGCAGCGCACUGUGUACAUGAUGGGAAAGACUAUGUCAAAGGAGCAAGGAAACUCAGAGUAGGCUUUCUACUCCCUCCUUCUGUUAACAACACAAAGCCUGGCCAGGCUCUUAUAAAGAAACCAUUGGUGCGCUGGGUGAGAGUAAAACGGACCAGGGUACCUAAAGGUUGGAUCCAAGGUCCCCAAGAGGUUAGCAUGGAUUUUGACUAUGCACUUCUAGAGUUGCGCUGGCCACACCGGCGCCCUUUCAUGCGACUGGCUGUGGCACCCACCUCAGAUCAUUUAUCUGGUAAACGCAUCCACUUCUCUGGAUUUGACAGUGACCGGCCUGGGGAAUUGGUGUACCGCUUCUGUCCAGUGGAGGAUGAGUCCAACGAUCUGAUCUACCAGCAUUGUGAUGCCCGCCCAGGGGCGAGUGGCUCUGGGGUUUAUGGACGCGUGUGGGACAAUACUUUAGAGCGCUGGGAGCGUAAGGUCAUUGGCAUCUUCUCUGGACACCAGUGGCUUGAAAUCAAUGGUGAGAAUCGGGACUACAAUGUGGCGGUUCGAUUUACUCCACUAAAGUUUGCUCAGAUCUGUUACUGGGUUCAUGGAAAUAAGGUGGACUGCAGUCAAGACUGAAUACAUGAAGAUGAAGAGGGAGAAGAUGCAGUAGAAUGCAAGAACUGUAAAUCAAUGGACAAAAUGUGACAUGCCUGAUAUUGGAACCUGCACUUUUUUUAGUCAGUCCUGAAUUUGAGAUGAUUGUUGGUAGAACACUACCUACAGGCUUUGAUCACUCUUUAUUUCAUUUGGGUUAAGAAUUAGGGCUGGAACUUUAUUCAACCACUAUCUUUACUUUUUGCUUGGCUUAAUACCACACAGAGCUAUAGACUCCAGGACAACAUGCUAAAUUUAUCUUAGGUCUUUGCCAAUGUCAAAUAGAAAUGAAAUUAGGCUAUACAUUUUCAUUUAGAUUAAUAUAAAGGCUUAGAGAAUGGUUGUGGGGUUAACAUUGAAAAAACAAUUUAUUUUAAUAAACUAAAAUAUGUCUGUUGUGUUU